CCCAGAAGAAAGAAAACGAGCCAUGUUCCAUACUCAAUCCCACUGAUCUUUUAGCUUUAAGACCAUUCUCCAUUGCAUUACAUUCCUCCGUUUUUACCCAAAAAUGGCAGCCGAUGACAUUGAACCUACCGUGCCGGAAUCCAACAAGAACAAAGUGACCGUCGAGGCCCUUUACGCCGCAUUGACUCUCGGCAACUCUGACAAGGUGGCCAAGCUACUGGCUAGCGACCUCGAAUGGUGGUUCCACGGGCCAUCCCGUUGUCAGCACAUGAUGCGGGUGCUCACCGGGGAAUUGGAGUACUCCAAGUUUACAUUCCAUCCACGUAGCGUAACGGCUAUAGGCGACGGCUAUGUGAUCACCGAGGGGUGGGAAGGGGCGCAGGCAUAUUGGGUCCAUGUCUGGCCGCUAGAGAACAGGCUGAUCACGCAGUUUCAGGAUUAUUUCAACAUGUGGCUCACCGUGAGUGAAGUGUUAGCGCCGCAGUGGGAGGCGGUGCGAGCGAGCCACACACUAUGGCAGAGCCAGACUAGAGAGAUUUUCGACCCGUCAUUGCCGAGGCUUUCGCUCGCCAUAUGAGGAAGGUUUACCAUGUUUGAUAAGGAAACCAGGACCACCCAUGUCAAGUUGGAGGAAAGUGUGGGAAGAGUUGUAGUCAAUGAAGUGUCAAUUACGUGAAUGUUAAAAUCACGCAUGUGUUGGACCAUGAAUCUUUGUCUGAAUGGAAAGUUCCUACAGGGCCUCCCACGUAAGCAAAAUGAUGGAAAUUACUUGAAGGACCACUAUUGGUCGAUCGAUUCAUGUCAA